UUUCAGUUCGAAAACCACGUUUGGGAAACGUCUGUUCUGUUUAGCGCAAAUUUCGUUCAAAAUAAUUUGUGAAUGGAUUGAUUUUCAGGUACGUUCUUUUGUUCUUUUCUAAAUCCAAUAUAAAGUCUGUAUAUAAAGCCUCAAUCGUGUCUUGGUGUGCUUUUUUGCACAGAAAUAUCGAAGCUUCUUUCUGACCAAAAAUUCAAGAUGGCGUCCUACAUGGGUCCGGGUGCUGAGAUCACGGAGGAAAAGUUGCAAGAGAAAGGUGAUAAAGUGUUAAAUGUUUAAGUAAUAGAUGGACGCAAAAAGAUAUUUGUUAGCCCGAGUCGAACACAGUCUUUGACUGGGGGAUAUAUGCUUGUGUAGUUAUAUACCUCAGAGCCAAGUUGCAUGGUUUAUACCGUAUAAAACCUCCGACUAUAAGCUCUGGGCUUUAUUUACACUUUCGUAAGCGAUUUUCGAUGGGCUUAUACAAGGGGGGGGGGGGGGGGUGCUAAUACAUGGACGAUCUUUUGUGUUAGUAUAAACAAACAAGUCUGACCAUGUCAGACAUAAACAAGUCAGUCAUAAACAGGAAAAUAAGCAUGUAUUAAGCAGCGAUUACUGGGCUUAUAUUAAUUUGGGGACUUAUAUUCGGUAUAUGUGGAAUGAGGUGGCGUUAGUACAUGUGGUGGGCUUACAUACGGGCUUAUUCGGGGGAGGGCUUAUAGUCGAGGUUUACGGCAGGUCGUAUAAUAACUAUAAUUUAUGGUUCCUCCACAUGAUGGAAUAGCCUUAGUUACUGCUCAAAAUUUGCGUGCAUAUUAAUGAUAAAUCGAUGCUCGAGCUAGCAAUUUAACAAAAAUUCUGCAUCUUUAAAAUUAAAAACUGUAGUUGUUGCAAGUUACUAUGGUGGCCUUUGCGUCAUGAGCAUUGCACGCUUCUUAUUUAACUCAAGGACUUCUGAAACAUAUUUCCCAACUCAAAUUAUCAAAAAACAAAAUUAUGAAUGUGUUUUUUGACAAGUAUUGUAUUUGCUUUGAUAUAAAGUAGACAAGUUGAGUAGAACAUCUGUAGAACAGAUGAACAGAUGCCUAUAACUUGAAAAGUAUGGCACUAAUUAAAAAACGGAAACAUGAUUUUGCUCUUGUACUAUUGUUCAACAUUGAGGCAAAGUUUGGAAGGAAUGGGAUAAAAUGUCCAUGGUGCAUUUAUUUCUAUUUUUGUGGGGAUAAUCUGAGAAUAUUUCAUUCUUUGUAAGAGACGAAAAGACAUUUGGUGUUUUUUUUUUUACUUUGAAAUGUUCCUCUGUUAUAACCUCGGACUGUAAACAAAUCGGAUUCAAAGAGUGUUUUGGCAAGGUUUUUCGAUGUCAUUUACUCAUUCAGGGCCGUACUGAAGAGGCUAAGGUUGGGGGUGGAGUAUAGUGUCACACCCAACACCCUCCCCCCCCAUAGCAACGGGCCUGCUCCGAAUUUUCCAGAUGGGCUUGUAACUGGAGGUAAGACUAUGGAGGUAGCAUCACUCUACGGCUCGCUAACUUCAGCAUCCCUGAUACAUUUCUGUUUCUGUCUGGUUUCCUAGCUCGGAAAUGGCAGCAGCUCCAGUCAAAACGUUACAGCGAGAAAAGGAAGUUUGGUUUUGUGGCAGCACAGAAGGAGGACAUGCCUCCUGAGCAUGUCAGAAAGAUCAUCUGCGACCAUGGUGACAUGUCUAGCAGGAAAUAUAGACACGACAAGAGAGUUUAUUUGGGGUAAAAAAUAUUGAAAGUAUAAAAUGACAAGACCAGGCUUCAAAAUAAGGCCAUCCAGUGUUUCAUUUAUUAUUUAAUUUAAUAAUCCCUAAUUAUUUUAUUACCAAUAAUUAUAAAACUUGUUAAUAAUUCAUGAAGAAAAUUCAAAAGAAAUGAAUGUUUAAUCAAUGUUUGUAAAUCAGAUAAAGAUUUGUCCUGAUUUACAUAAACUUCAGCUUUAAUUUUCUCAGCUUAGACAAUGUUUAUUUUUAAAAUUACUUCGCCAAUGAACUCAUAAGGUGGGUCGUUUUAUAAGCACAAUAAAACAUUUGCAUCCGAUCUUUAUCUGAUAUACAAACUAACUCUCGCCUUCGGCUCAAGUUUUUAUAUCAGAUACAGAUCGGCUGCUCAUGUUUUAUCUAGUACAUAAUAAUUUCAUGAAAGCAGGGUAUGAAGUUUAAUAUUUUUCAGUACCCUACUAGGAUACCAGGACUCAAAGUUCUAGUAUCCCAUCUGAGAAUCCAGUAUCCCACUUGUGGAUACUGGUUACCAUAAUUUUUGGCAUCCCUGAACCAUCAGAGGAGGUAUAAAGUGCAUGUCUCUCAUUGUUAUGAAUUGCAGUGCUUGCCUUCUAAAAUUGCAGUGGUAGUUCAAAGUUUUCAGAAACUUCCAACAUUCAAAUGUUAAAAAUGUGCAUACAGUAGCACACAUAACGAUGGCUUACCGCAUAUACAUAUUAAGGCAGUAAUACCAUUAAUAUAAUUAUUUUUAAAACUAAAGUCUAACUUGUAGUGGUGUUCAAAGUUUAGCUCUGGUUUUUACCCAGAACUACCUCACCUUACUAUGAAUGCUUAAACUAUGUUCAUGUUAAUUUAGAGCCUUGAAGUACAUGCCUCAUGCACUCCUCAAGUUGUUAGAGAACAUGCCAAUGCCCUGGGAACAGAUCCGAGAUGUCAACGUUUUGUAUCACGUCACUGGAGCAAUAACAUUUGUCAAUGAAAUACCUUGGGUCAUGGAACCUGUUUAUAUUGCACAGUGGGGGUAAGUAUGGGUAGGUGUGUACUCCCAUAGCCAAAUCUGUUAGAUGCUCUCCCCAGACAAUUCAGCAAAUCAACAAAUUUAUACCCAAUACAUGAAAUGUUACUAAUUUGAUGUGAUGGGAUGUACCAAUCUGAAAAUAAAAAAUUCUACUUAUCACCCCACCCAAUAAUAUUUGUUUUCCCACACCCUAUGAAAAAUUCUACUUUGCUGAAAAGUAUAUACUGCUGAAAAUUUUGCUACCCUCCCCCUCAGAAACACAUCUCAUGCCUAAAAAUACACCCCCUAAAAAUCUGCACACACUGCCCCCUGAAUGAUUGGCACACAACUAAAAAAAUCUGCACCCAUGAAACAUCUGCCCCCAUGAAACAUCUGCCCAAAAAAGAAAGAUCCCGCAAAACAAUUUUCUCCCUUAAAAGAUCAUCACCUCCCCCCCCCCUGAAAAUCUGUACCUCCAAAGAAACUUUACCCCCCUAAAAACCAGUACCCCCUGACCCAUCAGGUAAUAUUGACCCCCUGUUAAAUUCCCUUGGUAGAACAAUGUGGAUCAUGAUGAGACGUGAGAAGCGAGAUCGUCGACAUUUCAAGAGAAUGCGCUUCCCUCCAUUUGAUGACGAAGAACCCCCCCUGGAUUAUGCAGACAACAUUCUUGAUGUGGAACCCUUGGAAGCAAUCCAGAUUGACCUUGACCCUGACGAGGAUUCACCCGUGUACGACUGGUUUUAUGACCAUAAACCUUUGGUUGAUACAAAGUAAGUUAUGUUAUUGUUGAUGUGUUUUGAAGAAGAAAAAAAUGAAAAUUUUGAAAUAAAAAACCCCUGGAAAAACAAACAAAAAACCUGGAAAUUUUGAGUCAGUGUGAAUUUUAUACAUUCAUUAGAUCUAACCAGGAACAGUUGUGAAAAAUGCAACUGUAGGCUCUGGUAGGAAUCGAACCUGCGGCCCUGCGAUUCUGGUGCAGCACUCUAACCAACACUCGGCAGGGGCUGGUUGUUCCACAGGGUUGUUCAAAGCUCAAUUAGCGCUAACCCUGGGUUAAAAUUUAACUUGCUGUUUUAGUUUCUGUAUUUCUGCACGUCCAGGGGUUAAUUAACCUAACCAGCUUUUGGACAACCGACCCCAGAACUAUAGAGGCCAGUUCACCCAGUUGUCGAGCUUUAACUGCAAGUUCAUGUUUAUAUGUUUAUACUGUAGUAAAGGUGAUGCCAAUCUAAGGUGUACAGGGAUGUCAGGGAUUUUAGGCAUCUACAGUAAAGGCUGAUUUCCACUGUUGCACGUAAAACUUUAAAUCCGUUUAAAUGUUACUUAUGAAAUAACCAAAUAAAUAAAGCAACAGAAUGGACGACUUGCGCUUUAGACUAAAUUUUAAUCUAAGUGAGAACAACGAAAUCUAUCAUCACAGCUGGAAAGAGCGUCUUGGAAUUAGUAAUAUUACAAAGUUUGGUUGCGAAAUGUUGUAAAAUACGGAAAAUAUAGCCCUUCAAAGUUGGCAAAUUUGUAUACUUUUGUAUUACGUGCGUGAAUUGGUAACAAAAUUAGUUACCAAUUUCCGCACGUAAUAGAAAUGUAUACAAAUUUGCCAACUUCGCAGGGCUAUAUUUCGCAACCAAACUUUGCAGUUUUUCUAAUUUUGAUAACUUCUUUCAGAAAAUAUCCUUUGUUAUUCCCAGAUUAAACAUUUUUCUAAAGCGUAAGUCGUCCAUUUAGUGUUCCGCAAGUUUUAGUAUCCAUUUGUUAACUUAUUUGUAAAAUAUUUAAAAAAAAUAGAAGGAUUCAAAGUUUUACGUGCGUGUACGUGCGUACGAAAAACGCAACAGUGGAAAUCAGGCUUAAGUUAUAUUAUGUUUGUUACAAACUGGAGCUCUACCCUUGCGAUAAACUGGUGCUCUACCGAAGUGAACCUGUGAAAUUUUGAUGACUAAUGGAUGCUGUGUAUGUUUUUACAGUAUUUAUCUUCGAGACCCUGUUUACAUGGUACCGGACGAAUUUGGAACCGGGCUGAAAUUCGGCCGUGUAAACACACGAGAAACACGGAACCGGGCGAAUUUGAGACCCCCUAACAGGACGAAUUCGCGUGUAAACAGGCGGAAAAGGACGAUUUUCAGGCCGGUCCCAAAUUCGUCCGGUAUCGUGUAAACGGGGUCUAAACAUUUGCCACUCAAAAUGGCGAAAGUCCAACAAUUGUGUCGAAAUAUAUGUUGUGACCCUCAGUUGCAAGGGCUGAAUAGAAAGAAGUACUAUAUUCUGCUGAACAGUGUAAUUUUAGAAGAAAAAAACAAUUUUUUUCUUCCAUUUGAAGAUUUGUGAAUGGCUCAACAUACAGAAAGUGGAAUCUGAGUCUACCAAUGCAGUCAACAUUAUAUCGCCUCGGAAAUCAACUUCUCUCGGACCUCGCUGACGGAAACUUUUUCUACCUCUUUGACAUGAAAGCAUUCUUUACCGCCAAGGCUCUUAACAUCGCAAUCCCCGGGGGUCCGAAGUUCGAACCGUUGGUACGUGAUGUAAGCAAGAAUGACGAGGAUUGGAACGAAUUUAAUGAUAUCAACAAGAUCAUCAUACGACAGCCAGUCAGAACGGAGUAUCGUAUCGCGUUUCCAUAUUUGUACAACAGUUUGCCGUUUAAAGUUCAUCUCUUGUGGUAGGUCCUAGUAUCAUGAUUGUAUCUAGUUUAACUCCCUUACAGGUGAACCACGUCAAGCGUUCCUCUUUCGAGUUCCUAACUUCAUUGCAAUUUUCCUCAUUGCCUUCGCAAAUUUGAAAAAUUCUUUACAAAAAUCCCUUGAGGGAAUUGGCAAUGUUCCUAUCGGCUGUUGCGGUAUUCCAAUACAGAGAAACGUCCUUUCACAUUUCCUGAUUUAAUAGACCUUAUGCAUAAUGACGUCACAAGGCUUGAUGCCCGCGAGGAAUGCUGUUCUUAGUAGUCAUCGCCCGGGAAAAUUCAACAAUUCAAAAUGGCCAUCAUCGAAAUUUUCCCAGGCGAUGACUACUAAGACCAGCAUUCCUUGCGGGCAUCAAGUCUUGUGACGUCAUUAUGCAUAAGGUCUAUUUUCUGACGUUCUGUUCUGAGCGUUGUCAUUGGUGGAAAAUCUGAAAAAUCACGCCACAUUGUCGACACACCGGACGCGAUUCGACAACGCGACGCGAUUUUUCGAUUUUCACUGACCGAUAACUUUGAUCCUAGUUUGAAUUUUCCAAAUUUUUAGAAGCGCUAUAACAUUUUGAGUUAUUUGGUCUACAUAUCUUUCAAAAUUUGCUCUCAUUGGCAGUUUUAUUAACUUUCAAAAACUAAAAAAUCGCGUCGUGUUGUCGAAUCGCGUCUGGUGUGUCUGGACCUUAAGCCGGUUUUCCACUCGCGAAUUUCCUCGCGCGAAGCGAAUUACUAUUGUUUAAAUUGAAAAGAAUUGAUUAAAGAUUUAAUUAGUUCCAGCCGAGAGCUCAUAAGACAAAAGAUUCGCGCGAACAAAUUCACUAGUGGAAAACAGGCUUUAAACGUAAUUGUGAAAACGGCGUUAACGCCGAAUUUAUUUGUGUCUGUAGCUAACGCCCUAAAGAGUAUGCUAAUCAUCUGAAUGCCACAUUUGUCAAAAGCGUUAACAGUUUGCAAGAAAACUUUGACCAAUUUACCAGGUGGUCAAGCCAAUACUUUCGGGGACGUGCUACGAAAGAUCUUGUAGCAUUGUUUGAUGUACUGGCGAAAGAAAUCAGAUUGAAAUUGCGCAAGAACGAUGAUCGGAGAAAUCAUUAGUUCUGCUUCUACAGUCUUACAGCUAACAAUGCUUUUUAGCUUCGUCAACUCUUAAAUUCAAAUUGUCAAACUUGUCAAACAAAGGUCUCAAUUUGCAAUCAAAAAGCUCCUCCAAGCUUUUCAUAUCUACCAUAGGAUCAGCCAUAAGACUUAUUAACACAUUAGAUAUUAGUAAAAAAUAAAAAAAACUUGAUUUUAACGUAGGAUUGAUUUGGAUUGUAACAUAACAUCACAGAGCAAAAAAAUUACCGCUAUCUUGCUCGCUGACCGCUGACAUUGAUUUCCACACCAGCACAGAACGCUCUUGGCAGAAUGUUCUUGGCUUCCUGUGUAUCUCUAGGGAUAGUUAGGAAUUCGUUAUUAGGGUACUUGUGUUUUCUUGUGGAUAAAUUUAGCGUGAUUUAUGGUACUCGACAGGACCAACUAAUUUACAUAAUAUACUAACCAGAUUGAAGAUAAUGUAUGCAAGUGGGCGAGCUUUUUAUAAUCAAAAUUUGUCGUUAAAUUUUGGCUGCAUUGCAAUGAUAUAUCCAUACUGGUCAUCCGAGUUUGAAGUAAUUGUACCCCUAAAAAUACAUUAAUGUUCCCAGGUAUCAUUAUCCAACCGUGGUGUACAUCAAGACAGAAGAUCCAGAUUUACCCGCGUUCUAUUUUGAUCCUUUAGUCAAUCCAAUAUCACAUCGACAUGCAGUCAAGGUGGGUAGUUGAACACAGUGGUGGAUUUAUAGAGGGGUGCACAGGAGUGUGGCCUUGGUCAACAGGGGUGCAAGGAGGGGGUGCUGAUAAUUUUGCCACAUUUAUCUGAAUAAUUUCUCUUUCAUUUUUGCAACAAAAACACAAUCUCUUGCCAAUCUGUUACUCAUGCAAAAAGUAUUAUUUAAUUAGAAAGUACUAUAUUUUGUAAACUUGAAAUUCCUUUCAACAUCGUAAUAUUGUUGAAGCGCAUUGUUAAAUUGAAUUGCUACAUUUUAUUGAAUUUAUUUUCAAAUUUUGAAAUUUGAAUAUAAAAAUUCAAACUGACAAAAAACUAUUGUGAUUUUUUUUUCUAAUUUUCUCAGAGCGCUGAACCUUUACCUGAAGAAGACGAGAACUUUGAAUUACCCGGCGAUUUCCAGCCAUUCCUGCAAGAUACACCGUUAUACUCGGACAACACUGCAAAUGGUAUUUUUAAAUCUACCAGGGUUCGUGCAAAAUGUCCUUGAAUUUGAAAACAAAAAUUCAAGGCCUUGAAUGUCCUGGAGUUUGUAAAGAAGUACUUGAGAGUCCUUGAAUUGUUCUUGCUUUAGUUUAUAGAUAUUUUCUAAAAUUGUUUGACAUUCAAAAACGGACAUUUUGUUGAGUUGAUUUUGCAUGUUCAUAUCUGACAAAGCUGUUUGAAAUUCAUUAAAGUUACGUUUUGAACAAUUCAACGUCGCAUUUUGCCGAUUCCUAACGCCUUCUCUUCAUUAUUUAGUCCUUGAAUUUGCUGAUACAUGGCCUUGAAUGUCCUUAAAAAGGCCGAUUCCUAACGCCUUCUCUUCAUUAUUUAGUCCUUGAAUUUGCUGAUACAUGGGCCUUGAAUGUCCUUAAAACCUUGAAUGUCCUUAAAAAGUCCUUUAAUGUUCUUAAAAAGUCCUUGAAUGUUCUUAAAAAGUCCUUGAAUGUUCUUAAAAAGUCCCUGAAUGUCCUUAAAAAGUCCUUGAAUGUCCUUAAAAAGUCCUUGAAUGUCUUAACUAAGUCCUUGAAUGUUCUUAAAAAGUCCUUGAAUGUCCUAAAGUCCUUAAAAAGUCCUUGAAUGUCCUUAAAAAGUCCUUGAAUGUUCUUAAAAAGUCCUUGAAUUUGAUUCUGCCUGACAUGUACGAACCCUGAAUUUCUAUGACAUUUCUUCAACAACAUUCUAUCGAAACAAACGUCACCACGGGACCGCCCUAACACAUAAUUUUCGUUAUUAGGUAUUGCCUUAUUGUGGGCCCCCAGACCAUUCAACAUGCGGGCGGGACGAACACGAAGAGCUUUGGAUAUUCCACUUGUUAAUUCAUGGUAGGCAGGAGAAUAAAAUAUUAUAAUGACAGCCUGGACCGACCACCGUUCAAGACACUUCAUCCGUUUAAUAGACCAUCAGUCUUAAGCCCUGGAGAGUUGAGAAGCGAGAGUUUGCAUGAGAGUUUUCUCUACUCUCAUGCCCCGGUCAAACGAGAACAAGAGUUGCAUGAGAGUUGACUGGAUAUUAUAAACUAGAAUGAGAGUUGAUGAGAGUUGAGAAGCGAGAGUUUGCAUGAGAGUUUUCUCAAUUCUCAUGCCCCGGUCAAACGAGAACAAGAGUUGCAUGAGAAUUGAUCAGGCUCAAAGUUGACGAGAGUCGAUGAAAGUGGAUGAAAACUCUCGCGAAGUUUGACCGGAGCGUAAAUAUUUUUUAACAUUUUUGGUAUUAUCUUCUAGGUACCAAGAACAUUGUCCAGCAAAUCAUCCUGUGAAAGUGAGAGUUUCCUAUCAAAAACUGCUCAAGUGUUUCGUUUUAAACGCAUUGAAACACCGACCACCAAAAGCACAGAAGAAACGGUAAGCGAUAGAGUACAAGCAAGCUUUAAAAAUAUAUACUUACACUGUUAAAAUUCAUCUGACUUGUCUAGCCCAUAUGGGUAUUUCAGAUGGCCUUCAGUCUUUCCUAUGUAAUAAUUUGUUUGGUUAGUUUGUCUGUUGUAAAAGUGUUAAUAUUGUAAAUUUUCUAGCUACCUAUUCCGAUCGUUCAAGUCGACAAAAUUCUUCCAAACCACCACACUGGAUUGGGUCGAAGCUGGUCUGCAGGUUUGCCGCCAGGGUUAUAACAUGUUAAACUUGUUGAUUCAUCGUAAGAAUUUGAACUACUUGCAUUUGGAUUACAACUUUAAUCUGAAGCCAGUCAAGACUCUGACCACGAAGGAAAGAAAGAAAUCUCGUUUUGGUAAUGCGUUUCAUUUGUGUCGUGAGAUAUUGAGGUUGACAAAAUUGGUUGUUGAUUCUCACGUGCAGUAUCGCUUGGGCAACGUCGACUGUUAUCAGGUGAGAUUUCGGUAUAUCUCGAUAUCAGGUUACUCGUGGAAUUCUAACAAGCAGGGCUCUCAAAGUGGUGGAUGUGGGGGACAAGGCGUGGUGGUGGGGGACACGGUGUGGUGGGGGACAAGGUGUUGUGGGGGGACAAGAUGUGGGGGUGGGGGUGACAACAUGAUAAACAUGGAAAGUUUCGAUAUUUAUUUUUGGUUCUAGCAAUUCUUCAAGUAGUAUUUUUUAAAUUAUGAAAGGAUUUAACUUAAAAUGAAAAAUUACGUCAUACCACAUUUCAUGCUUGAUUAAUAUAAUAAUUUGGUUUUUGACCAAAUUUUUUUAAAAAAACAUCGAAAUUUUUUCACAAAAAGGGCACCUUCGAUGUUAAUAUAGUAUUUACAACAACAUUAGCUUGUACAAAAAGGGCAUGCACUUUUCAUCACAAAAAGGCGCGAACAAAUUAAGGGGCACAUGCCCCUGUCCCCAGUUUCAUACGCCCCUGGAUAAGACACAGUCUGUCUGUAUCAAUGAACUAUAAAACGUAUUCUCAUUGUUCGAUGUGGGAUGAGCGACAGGAGACGACUCAGUGCAAGUAGAAUAUUUUUAUUUUCUCCAGCUUGCAGAUGGUCUACAGUACGUGUUUGCUCACGUUGGUCAACUGACUGGCAUGUAUCGUUAUAAAUACAAGUUGAUGAGACAGAUCAGAAUGUGCAAAGACUUGAAACAUCUUGUUUACUAUCGAUUUAAUACCG